CCAGACCAGGUUCAAAGCCAUUGGUCGUUUUAGACCCAUUUAUACAACCAUAUCAUGUAGUUUGAAACUUAUAUGGUCAGUGUAGCCUCGUAUAAUGCAGAUUACCAUAGCUUUCUUUCCUUUUCCUAACUCUUUCCUACGGCUUCACUGCUUUUGCACUUUGCCCUUAAUUUGCUGCAACUGAAGUAAGCCUGAGGCCCCACCUACACGGGCCCUAAAACCCAAAAGAAAGAGGGAUAAAAAGGGGUGGUCGGAAAACGCAGACCGAAAAUGUGCACUUGAUUGUGGGACUGCAUAAAAAGUACAUGAUAAAAAGGUUAGAAUGUGCUGCUACAGAGCACUUUAUAUCCCAGCGCUCCCAAAAAAAAAAAAACUUCCUCAUGGUCUGCUGGUGUAGACUGCUCCAACACUUGUCCUCAUUUUAGAAUCCCAAUGAGGGAUGUAAAGAGAUGGAGCCAUUGACACACAGGUGGCUAAAUGGAAGCAUAAGAGGAACUCGAGAACUCUCUCCGACCAUUCCCUUCUUUUCAUAUUUCUGAAAGGAACAGCUUGAAUUUACACAGCAUGGCAGGCGAGUGACCCCAAAGGGAAACAGGGUUCAAGAGGGCUGACUUAAAGGCUCCAGGAAGGUGAGGAGAGAUGAUGACAAGAAAUCUGCUUGUGUGCACUUUGUUAUAUCCACAUCAGCACAUGGGUGCUCAGAAGCAUUGGCAAAAUGCUUAUGAGGUGUAGAGCAUCUCAGAGAGUCAUUAAGAAGAAGAAAAAAGAAAAGAAAACUGGUGGAUGUCCUGUAUCUGUUGUGGUUCCCUUCCGCAUUAGCCAAACCUUUCUGAACAUGAGACCAUUUCCCGAGACUAAUGAUUCCAUGUGUGGACUCUCUUUAAGGUACCAGGAUUUUUAAUCUCACUUCCUUACUCUGGAUUAAGUGGCUGUCUGGAAGGGCCUUGAGUUGAAGAAGGAGAGAAACCCCUUUUAAUAGAUGCAGGAAACAUGUGACAACAUAGGAAUAAAUGGGACCCUGCGUACCAAAUUUGGAUGGAUAUUAGUAUGCCAUGAAGGCCUUUGCCAUUCCCAAGAAGCUCCCUUAUUCAUCCCACUUGUUAGUCAGUGGCCCGGUCUACACUGCCAUAUAAUUCCGUUUCAGAAUGCAGAUUAACUACAUUGAACUGGAUUAUAUAGCAGUGUAGGCUCAUAAAAUCCAGCUUGGUGUGGUUCAAUCUGUAUUAUAUGAGUGCACACUAACCAUUAGGUAUAACAUAGUUCAAACUGGAUUAUAUGGCAGUGUAGGUGGGGCCUCUGUUCUCCUUGUCCAGAAACAGAUUUUAUUUCUUGACCUUCUCUUCUUCUCCUUUGUGGCUCCUCCAACACCUCCUUCCUAAUUCGUUUCCCCUCUACAUUUCACGUUCAGUAUUCCAUAGUAUUCCAUAGAGGUGAGUCAUGCCAGGUAAAGUGCAUGAAACCUACAGUGUAGACGCAGCCCUUGUUGUUUUGGCCUUUCCGAAUAGCGUUGUCGAAGGAUUUCAUAGCCAGAAUCACAGGGUUGCUGUGAGUUUUCCAUGCUGUAUGGCCAUGCUCCAGAAGCAUUCUCUCCUAACGUUUCGCCCACAUCUAUGGCAGGCAUCCUCAGAGGUUGUGAGGAAUGUUGGAAACUAGACAAGUGGGGUUAAUAUAUCUGUAGAAUGUCCAUGGUGGGAGAAAGAACUCUUGUCUGUUUGAGGCAGGCGUGAAUGUUGCAGUUGGCCACCUUGAUUAGUAUUAAAUGGUCUUGCAGGUUCAAGGUCUGUCAUCUUACUGCUUGGGGAAUCCUUUGUUGACUUUUCGAAAAAUCUUAAUGGGGGAAAUACCAAUACCUUCUUCGACUGAAGAGAAUAUUGUCCUUUGUGGGAUGUCGUCUCACGUGGUGCUAGCCGCCCAAUGGGAAAGGGGAGCGUGAAAGCCGGAGGCGGGUCUGGGCUGCGGCGGGAAGGAAGGAAGGAGCCCUUGCGGCGAAGCAUGGAGGAGGUUUUGGCCCGGUACGUCUCCCAGAAAGUCAGCAAGACCCGCUGGCGGCCCCUGCCCCCCGCCGCCCUCCAGCCCCCGGAGGUCUUCGCCACGGGAUCCUGGGACAACGAGGAAAAUAAGGUGUCCAUUUGGUCUGUUGGUGACUUGGGAAGUUUGAGCUCAAAUGGAGAAUAUAACGCAGAACCACAUCUUUUGUGUGAUAUUCAACAUAGUGGCGAUGUUAUGGAUAUGCAGUUUUUGGACCAGGAAAGAAUUGUAGCUGCUUCAUCCACUGGAAGUGUGACUGUUUUCCGGCACCAUCAAAAUAAUCAGACUCUAUCUGUAAGCCAGAAAUGGGAAAAUGCACAUUUCUAUGACCCAUCUCAUGGAAAUGCACCCUGCACUGGGAUUGUCUGCAACAGCCCUGAAAUUUUUACAGUUGGUGAAGAUGGGAGAAUAAAUGUUUUCACAGCGGACCGGAAGGAAGCUGUGCGUACUGUAGACAAUGCUGACAGCAGCACACUUCAUGCAGUGACUCGACUCCGCACAACAGAAAUCCUGACAGUCAAUUCCAUUGGUCAGCUAAAAAUAUGGGAUUUCAGACAGCAAGGAAAUGAGCCUUCACAAAUAUUUUCAUUGACGGGGGAAAGGAUUCCACUGCACUGUGUAGAUAGACAUCCCAGCCAACAGCACAUUGUAGCCACUGGUAGCCAAGAUGGUAUGUUGAGUAUCUGGGAUGUGAGACAAGGUGACAUACCGGUUUCCUUGCUGAAUGCUCAUGAAGCAGAAUUGUGGGAAGUGCACUUUCAUCCUUCCAAUCCUGAUCACUUGUUCACAUGUUCAGAGGAUGGAACUCUAUGGCAUUGGGAUGCUUCUGCUGAUGUGUCUGAAAGAAAAUCUUAUCUUCAUACAGGUGGGAGAAGUACUACAUUUUUGCCUCAGUCUCAGUCUGUGAUAAGUGCAUGGUUAAGGAACGAUCCUACUAGAGAAAUCACAAAUUUAAUUUCAAAUCCUACACUGUCUGUUAAUAGUUUAGAUGUCUUAGGAUCAUGUCUUGUAUAUGGAACUGAUGCAGAAUCUAUCUAUGUUAAGAAGAACUUCUUUGCAUAGUUAUUUUCAGCUGUAACUUGAAACUUUAGCUUCACAAUACUGAAAUUCAUGUUAUUUUAUGUCAAUUAAUCCAUGUUACUGCAUUAGUUCUUUGAUCUAAUUCUUGCAUAAAGUAAACCGUAAAUAGUUCAUUAUUGUUCAUAGAUUGAUUAUCCCUAUUUCCCAGAAGUUUACCAAUGCUCAAAACUACAACAAAGCAUAAAGUGACCACGUCAGCAGUAUGAACUAUACUGUAUUGUAUGUUAACCGUAAUGGCAAUAGAUCAACAUUCUAAGCAAAUUUUGUUUUCAUAACAUUUUGAUAAAUAAAAACGCAACAUACUGUAUUUAAGAGACUUUUCGGCAAUGUUAGAAGAAAAUAUCACCUAGCAAAGGAGAACAGAAAUCAGAUCAUUAUGUAUAACAUUAUUUUAUUUAUUUAUUUCACUAAAGCAGAGGUGAGGAAAUAUGUUAAUCAUCUAUACCCAUUAUCCUUUUAAUACUGACCAGAUUGGGAACUGGAACCCAGUGUCCAGGGAAUCUCAACUUCUCUAUUCCUGCAGUAAACAAUGAAACAACAUUCAGCCUAUAAUAUAUUUCAUUAGAGAACCAGCAUUGUGUUGUGGUUUGGCUGGAGGCAAGAGUUCAAUUUUUUGCUUGGCCAUAGAAACUCACUGGGUAGAAACCCACAUACUCUCAGCCCCAGAAACCCCAUUAUAUAGUUGUCAUAAGGCAGAAACAUUGUGAAGGCAUACAUCAUCAACAUUUCUAUUAUCAUCCUGGUACUAAGAGUUUUUACUUGAUGGUAAAUCUCAUGGACUUUCAGUCUGCUUGAUUUCAGGGUCAAUAUGCUGAGAUUUAACCAGCUUCCUGUAUUAAUUUUUAAAAUCUGUUUGUCAAGCUCUUCAUUCCCAGAUUUUUUGCAUUGCUAUAAGAAAACUUUUCCUAUUUUUAUUAAAUUAUAAUCACUAGA